AACUUUUUAAGUGUAAAAUAACUACGAAAACUACUCCUACUGUUUUAAUGAGCAGCAAACUUUUGAUUGGUCAGCGAGUGUACUGUCUGCGACUUCAAUCUUGUUAUGCACGAUACGAAUAUUAAUCAUCGGUUUAUCUAUUUUCGAUAGUAAUUAUUUGAUAUCAAGAAACAACUAUAAACCAUCGAUCAAUGUGGAUCCGCACUUCCUUUUGCAUUUCAGUUCUUUUUGCGGCAGUCCAGACAGUGAGUUCUAACAUGGAUUCUAAAGCCCUCUCUGCUUCCAUUGCCAAGUUUUCAGCCAGAUUUUGUAAUGAAUUGGACAAGACUAAGAAUGUGGUGUCCUCACCACUGUCAGCUGAAUUUGUACUUGCCCUUGUCGCUUUAGGAUCCGAGGGUGCUGCUCAUUCUGAACUGUUGAAGGGACUCGGCAUUCCUAAUGAUGAUGCUAUUCGUUCAGCAUUUACGAGUGUAUCCCAAAAAUUGAGAGCUGUAAAGGGAGUAACUCUAAAUGUUGCUAAUAAGGUGUAUAUUAAAGAUGGUGACUAUGACUUGAAUGAACAGUUGAAGACAGAUGCUAUCAAAGUGUUUGAUGCUGGUCUUGAGAAAGUCAAUUUCGACGAUGGGGCUGCUGCUGCUAAUCUAAUUAACCAAUGGGUUGAGAGCAAAACCAAUAAAAAAAUAAAGGACCUCAUCACAUCAGACUGCCUCAACCAGGACACAAGACUUGUGCUUGUUAACGCCCUCUACUUUAAGGGCACUUGGAGUAAGCAGUUCGACCCCAAUAACACAAGUGACCAGCCUUUCUAUAUCAACGAGCAAACCACUGUUGAUGUACCCAUGAUGUACAGAGAAGGUGACUACUGGUAUGGAGAAAGCCAGGAAUUAGGAGUACAGCUGCUCCGCAUCACAUACGUGGGCGACGACGCCAGCAUGCUCAUCGUGCUGCCCAACGAGAUAAGCGGCCUGGACGCGGUGCUCGCCAAGCUGGCGGACGGCUUCGACCUCAUGGCCGAGCUGGACAAGAUGCACGAGACCAAGGUCCAAGUCAGCAUCCCUAAAUUCAAGAUCGAAUCUGAGAUCGAUCUCGGUGAACUAUUGCCAAAGCUUGGCAUCAAAACAAUCUUCGACAAAGCUAAUUCUGGACUGACUAAGAUGUUGAAUAAACCAGAGAGUCUCUUCGUGUCCAAGGCCAUACAGAAGGCGUUUAUUGAAGUUAACGAGGAAGGCGCGGAGGCCGCGGCUGCCACGGCAAUGCUCGUCAUGACGUAUUCGGCAAUGAUAGGUGAGGAGCCCGUGCCGAGUUUCAUUGCUGAUCACCCGUUCGUGGCAGCUGUCGUGGCUGACAAUACGAUCUACUUUACUGCAACUUACUCUGGAAAGUAAUCAAAAUUGAUUGGAUUUCAUCUUGAAAGUUUGAACAAUUAUACACCAUAAGACUCAAGGCACAUUAUGGCUGAGACUGAACACGCGAAACUUUUCCAAAAUAUUUCAAUGUUAACAAAACUUUAACUCCUCAGCAUACUGUACAUUUUCACAUUUUUGUGUGAAACAAAUUCGAAUGCUCGCUUCAAUUUUGCAAUUUCUUUCACACCAAUUCAGGUAUAAGGUUGAGAUAAAGUCGAGCUCAUUUUGAAACAUUUAUAGAAAAGUCGCAUCUUUGCCGUAAAGCCUUGUGUCUUCUUGAAAUUAACUAUGUUGCAGUAUUACUUAAUUACUUAAUCAAUUAAAAAAUAUCUGCAUAGCAUCAAAACUCAUCACUUCUUAUGUGUUAUUUAUAUAAAUAUACCUAAUAACAUGUAUAAAUUUUAGUGUUCCGUCCUAAUUCACUACUAAUUCAGAAUUAGCUUAGCGUUCAGUAAAACAAAUAUGUAUUUUAAAAAGUUACAUGAUUUUCAUAUUAUUUAUUUUUGUAAAGUUGCAUAAAUGGUUAAACCUUUAAAUAGUAAUAAGAAACUAUAAGAAGAAAUGUUGUAGUUUUAGGUGCUAAAAACUAAGCGUGUCGACAAUUUAUUAAUUUAUAAACAUUAUUUAUUCCAUGAAAUAGUAGCUGGUUGUUAUGUGACUUAACUAUUUUAUGGUAAGUAUGGUUAAAUUUAAAAGUAAACUCAAUUUUGCAAAUAUGUUGUUUUUGUAGGUAACACAAAUCGAUAACUUUUGUUAAUUAAUAAUAAUUAUAUAGUGAGGCCUGAAAUACCGAAUUAAUUAUGACAGUGAUGUUUUAAAAGUGAAUAUGAUUUUCUAUUUUUAUGCCCAUUUACCAGUUAGUGCAUUUUAUAUAAGAGUUUUAACAUGUUAUACCUAUGUUCAUUUUUAUGUAAAAUAUUGUAAUAUACAAUAGAGUACAAAGUACAAUACGGGAUUAUUAUACGGUUCAAACAAAUUUAUACAAUAGUAUUUGUAAAGAUUUAUUUAUUAUUGCUUAAUAAAUAUUAUUUAUUGGUAAA